AUGGGAAAUACAAUAGCCUAUUCGAGCGAGGGGUUUUCAAACCAUGAUAACCUUUGUAAUUCAGCAUUAUCAUCAUCAUCGGAUCAUGAAAUCAAUGAUUUCCAGACUCCUCGUAUUAUGCAAUCAACAAGUUGUUGUUGGAAGGCCUCUGAACCCUCAAGUAAGCAAAGGGAGCAUAACGUGUCCGAGCUCAAACACUACUUGGACUUUCAUGGAAGGACCAUCCCAUACGAGAUUCUACAAAUCAUUGCAUCCUACCUCAGUAUGAGGCAUGUUCAGCGAUACAUUGCUCCUAUUUCCAAAGCAACAUACUAUGAUUUCUUUCUGAACCCACUCUCCCUGCAUUGGAGAAUGUUGAACUUUUCCGAUGAUUGGACUCUUACAGAUCGCCAACUCUUGUACUAUUUACAUUCUGGGCUCCUUGCAAACACUGAGGCUCUCAUUUUGAGAAGAACAUGUAUUACGUCGGCGUCUUUGAGACCAUUAGCCAAAGCCUUGAGUAGCAAUUAUUUGCCUCGAAUGCGUAUGGUGGAUAUUCGUGGAUGUUUUAUGGCUUCUUAUACAUUACGAUUGGAAAUGAAGUUGAGUCGACCUGAGAUUGUUGCACUCGACUCCACACACAAAUCUCAAGUCCUAUGUUCCACUGAUUCCAUGGUAGGCGACUUGAAUUUUAUUUUGAACACUGCUGGAUUAAGGUCGUUGGAUGCAGGUCAUCAAAUUCAUCGAGGUUUUGAUUGUAGAAGUUGUAUUUGUUCAUUCUGUUGUGAAUACAACUCCAAAAUGAAGUUUCUUUUGACAGCAGCAGGUCCAUACUGCGUCGAUUGUGCAGCCUUUACAUUCAAUUUCAGCUUUUUGGAUUCCUAUGGCCUUCCUGAUGACCAUGUUGAUCCAAGAAAUUGUCAAGUCCUAUGCAGUACGAGUGCAGAUUUUGUAUUUUCACCCCACCACUUGAAAUACAUAUUGUGCAAAGUUAGAAGAUACAGAAAUGUUCUAGAUACCAAGAAUACCAGUCAACUUGAGUUAGUUUUCAAAAAGAGUUUGGAGAUCACCAUGGCAGGUAUUCAUGUCACACAACUAGAAUGCGCCGUGGAUGGCCAUGGAAUGGCUUUGAUCUUCUGCAAUGAAGCAAGGGAAGGAAUUGUUGCGGUAGAGAGUUGUUUUGGUAUAGUUCUCAUGUCUUUUGAUAGGUAUAUCGAAAUCAAGCGUUGUAUUAAGGCAUGUCGGCUUAUUGCAGCGAAUUUGAGUUUGGAUUUUGCAGAUCUCGUUCUUUCAAACUACACUCUACUUGCCUAA